AACAACAGCCCUUUGACCUCGCCGCAGUGGCGCACUGUGCCGUGCGCAGCAAGAAGAUCAGCCGCCGACCACCCAUCCGGACCCAAAGGCGAGCGCACCGCGCACACACGCCUUUCCCCCAAUUCCUCCCGCCCCGCGCCUUCCAGAUCCCUCCACGCCCCCAUGGCCUUCUCGCGUCUCCUCCCCUCCCGCCGCCUCCUCUCCGCCCUCCUCCACACCCCGACCCCGACCCCGACCCCCGCCGCGCACGUCACCCGCGCCGCCCCGUUCGCCCCCUUCCUCCAGCCGGCGCGUUUCUUCUCCGCGACGCGGCGGGGCGCGGCCCCGCGGCAGCGGGCGGCGGACAUCGGCGCGCGGGCGCGGCAGCUGCAGAGCCGGCGCCUCUGGACCUACGCGCUCACGUUCGGCUGCGCGGCCGGGUUCGUGGUCACCGUGCUCGCCACGUUCCAGGACCAGCUCGUCUUCUACCUCACCCCGACCGACGCGCUCGCGCGCUUCGCCAGCGACCCGUCCAAGACCCGCUGCCGGCUCGGCGGGCUCGUCCUCGAAGGCUCCGUCGCGCACCCCUCUUCCUCCUCCUCCGAGAUCGAGUUCGUCGUCACCGACCUCGUGACCGACGUCCUCGUACGCUACGAGGGCGCGCUCCCGGACCUCUUCCGCGAGGGCCACUCCGUCGUCGUCGAGGGGUUCCUCAAGCCCCUCACCGACGACCUUCGCGCAGACUGCGCGGGGAGGAAGGUCUCCGAUAAGGCCCGGGAGGGCGAGUGCUUCCUGCGCGGCACCGAAGUGCUCGCCAAGCACGACGAGAAGUACAUGCCCAAGGAGGUCGGCGAGGCCAUCGAGCGCAACAAGAAGCAGAUCGAGGCCGAGGCGGCUGCCGCGGCAGCUGAGGAGACAGCAACCGCAGCAGCGGUUGCGGUCGAUGGAACCAAGGCAAGCUCGUAAGAUCUUGCGUUCUGCUUUACGAUUUAGAUCUUAAGUGCGUGCGAUUGAGGCAUAGAUAGAUUUGAUUGUCCGAAUGAGUUGGGGACUCUCUGCAGCAUGAUUCAAUUGAAGCUGUUGUAAUUGAAAGUAGUACUUUUGAGCCCUGAAAAAGGGAAUUUUGGCUAGGGGAAUAAUGAAAACUGAUGAAAUGAUAUUUUGGUAAGAAAUUUGGUAACAAUUGCAAUUAUACUUAUUAUUUUGGUAACAA